GGCGGCGACUGAGGAGGCGGUGGAGGAAGCGGCGGCGCUCCCGCCCGGCCGUAGAGCGGCGCUGGGACCCACGCGGCCGUGACCCCGCGGCUCCCCAGAGGCCGAGCGCGGCAGCUGCGGACAAAGGAGCAUGUCGGCGCCGAGGAGGGCGCGUUCUCCGGCCACCUCGAGACUCCGGGCGCCGCCGGGCCCGCGCUGCGCUCCCGUCCGCCGGGCCACCGGGGCGGCCCGCUAGGCCAGCGCUGCGCCGCUCGGUCCGCAGGCCCCGGCCGGCCGCCCGGCCCGCAGCAUGGAACGGCCCCGGCGCCCGCGGGGCCGCCCGCCGCCGCCCCUUCUGCUGCUGCCGCUGGCGCUGCUCGCGCUGCUGGGCGGCGAGGCCGUGGCUCUGCCCUCGGGCUGCAAGCACGACGGGCGGCCCCGCGGGGCCGGGAGGGCGGCGGGCGCCGCCGAGGGCAAGGUGGUGUGCAGCAGCCUGGAGCUCGCGCAGGUCCUGCCCCCGGACACGCUGCCGAACCGCACGGUCACCCUGAUUCUGAGUAACAAUAAAAUAUCCGAGCUGAAGAAUGGCUCAUUUUCUGGGUUAAGUCUCCUUGAAAGAUUGGACCUCCGAAACAAUCUUAUUAGUAGUAUAGACCCAGGUGCCUUUUGGGGACUGUCAUCGUUAAAAAGAUUGGAUCUGACAAACAACCGAAUAGGGUGUCUGAAUGCAGAUAUAUUCCGAGGACUCACCAAUUUGGUUAGGCUAAACCUUUCAGGGAACUUGUUUUCUUCAUUAUCUCAAGGAACUUUUGAUUAUCUUGGCUCAUUACGAUCUUUAGAAUUUCAGACUGAGUAUCUGCUGUGUGAUUGUAACAUACUGUGGAUGCACCGCUGGGUAAAGGAGAGAAACGUCACGGUGCGGGACACGCGGUGUGUUUAUCCCAAGUCUCUUCAGGCCCAGCCGGUCACAGGUGUGAAGCAGGAGUUGUUGACAUGCGAUCCUCCCCUUGAAUUACCAUCUUUCUACAUGACUCCGUCUCAUCGUCAAGUUGUAUUUGAAGGAGACAGCCUUCCUUUCCAGUGCAUGGCGUCAUAUAUCGAUCAAGACAUGCAAGUGUUAUGGUAUCAGGAUGGGCGAAUAGUCGAAACUGAUGAAUCGCAAGGUAUCUUUGUUGAAAAGAACAUGAUUCACAACUGCUCAUUGAUUGCAAGUGCCCUAACCAUUUCUAAUAUUCAGGCUGGAUCGACUGGAAAUUGGGGCUGCCACGUCCAGACCAAGCGUGGGAACAAUACGAGAACCGUGGAUAUUGUGGUCUUAGAAAGCUCUGCGCAGUACUGCCCUCCUGAGAGGGUGGUGAACAAUAAAGGAGAUUUCAGGUGGCCCAGAACGCUGGCGGGCAUCACCGCGUACCUGCAGUGUACUCGGAACGCCCACGGCAGUGGGAUCUACCCUGGGAACGCCCAGGACGAGAGAAAGGCCUGGCGCAGAUGUGAUCGAGGGGGCUUUUGGGCGGAUGAUGAUUACUCCCGCUGCCAGUAUGCGAAUGAUGUCACUAGAGUUCUCUAUAUGUUUAAUCAGAUGCCCCUCAAUCUUACCAACGCUGUGGCUACAGCCCGACAAUUAUUAGCUUACACUGUGGAAGCAGCCAACUUUUCGGACAAGAUGGAUGUUAUAUUUGUGGCUGAAAUGAUAGAGAAAUUUGGAAGAUUUACCAAAGAGGAAAAAUCAAAAGAGCUCGGCGAUGUGAUGGUUGACAUCGCAAGUAACAUCAUGUUGGCUGAUGAACGUGUCCUGGGGCUGGCGCAGAGGGAGGCCAGAGCCUGCAGUAGAAUUGUUCAGUGUCUGCAGCGCAUCGCCACAUACCGACUGGCAAACGGAGCUCAUGUUUAUUCAACAUAUUCACCCAAUAUUGCUCUGGAAGCUUAUGUCAUCAAGGCUACUGGCUUCACUGGGAUGACAUGUACCGUGUUCCAGAAAGUGGCCGCCACUGACCGGACAGGCCUGUCUGACUAUGGGAGGCGAGAUCCCGAUGGAAACCUGGAUAAACAGCUGAGCUUUAAGUGCAAUGUUUCGAAUACGUUUUCAAGUCUGGCUCUGAAGAACACUAUUGUGGAGGCUUCUAUUCAGCUUCCUCCUUCCCUUUUCUCACCAAAGCAAAAAAGAGAAGUCAGACCAAGUGAUGACUCUCUCUAUAAGCUGCAACUCAUCGCGUUCCGCAAUGGAAAGCUUUUUCCGGCCACCGGGAAUUCAACAAAUUUGGCCGAUGAUGGAAAACGGCGUACAGUGGUUACCCCCGUGAUUCUCACCAAAAUAGAUGGUGUGAACGUUGAUACCCACCACAUCCCCGUUAAUGUGACGCUGCGUCGAAUUGCGCAUGGAGCAGAUGCUGUGGCUGCCCAGUGGGAUUUCGAUCUGCUGAAUGGACAAGGAGGCUGGAAGUCAGAUGGGUGCCAUAUACUCUAUUCGGAUGAAAAUAUCACCAGCAUUCAGUGCUACUCCCUUAGUAACUAUGCAGUUUUAAUGGAUCUGACGGGGUCCGAACUCUACAACCAGGCGGCCCAGCUCCUGCACCCCGUGGUCUACACUACUGCUGUUAUUCUUCUCUUGUGCCUCUUAGCGGUCAUCGUCAGUUACAUGUACCAUCACAGUUUGAUUAGAAUCAGUCUCAAAGGCUGGCACAUGCUUGUGAAUUUGUGCUUUCAUAUUUUUCUGACCUGUGUGGUCUUUGUGGGAGGAAUAAGUCAAACUAGAAAUGCCAGCGUCUGCCAAGCAGUUGGAAUAAUUCUUCAUUAUUCCACUCUUGCUACAGUACUAUGGGUGGGAGUGACAGCUCGGAACAUCUACAAACAAGUCACUAAAAAAGCUAAAAGAUGCCAGGACCCUGAUGAGCUGCCACCUCCACCAAGACCAAUGCUCAGGUUCUACCUGAUCGGUGGUGGUAUACCCAUCAUAGUUUGUGGCAUCACUGCAGCAGCAAACAUCAAGAAUUACGGCAGUCGGCCAAAUGCACCCUAUUGCUGGAUGGCGUGGGAACCCUCCUUGGGAGCCUUCUACGGGCCCGCCAGCUUCAUCACUUUUGUAAACUGCAUGUACUUUCUCAGCAUAUUUAUUCAGUUGAAAAGACACCCUGAGCGCAGAUAUGAGCUGAAGGAGCCGGCCGAGGAGCAGCAGCGGCUGGCAGCCAAUGAGAACGGCGACGUCAAUCAUCAGGACUCCCUGUCUCUGUCCCUGAUUUCCACUUCAGCCCUGGAGAACGAACACACUUUCCACGCCCAGCUUCUGGGGGCCAGCCUCACCUUGCUCUUGUAUGUCGCCCUGUGGAUGUCUGGGGCCUUGGCUGUUUCUUUGUAUUACCCUUUGGACUUGGUUUUUAGCUUCUUUUUCGGGGCCACGUGUUUGAGCCUCAGCGCGUUCAUCGUGGUUCACCACUGUGUCAACAGGGAGGACGUCCGGCUCGCGUGGAUCAUGACGUGCUGCCCGGGACGGAGCGCCUACUCAGUCCAGGUCAACGUGCAGGCCCCCAGCUCCAGCGGGCCGAGCGGCGAGGCGCCCAAGUGCGCCAACAGCAGCGCAGAGUCUUCAUGCACCAACAGGAGCGCUUCGAGCUUCAAAAACUCCCAGGGCUGCAAGCUGACCAACUUGCAGGCUGCCGCGGCCCAGUGCCACACCAGUUCCCUACCUUUGAAUGCCACGCCUCAGCUCGACAACAGCCUGACAGAGCAUUCAGUGGACAAUGAUAUUAAAAUGCACGUGGCGCCUUUAGAGGUUCCACUUCGAACGAAUGUGCACCCAGGCCGCCAUCAUAAAAACAGAAGCAAAGGGCACCGGGCCAGCAGACUCACGGUCCUCAGAGAAUACGCCUACGACGUCCCCACGAGCGUGGAAGGCAGUGUGCAGAACGGCCUGCCCAAAAGUCGACUGGGCAGUAAUGAAGGACACUCUCGGAGUCGGAGGGCGUACUUAGCCUACAGAGAGAGACAGUACAACCCCCCCCAGCAAGAUAGCAGUGAUGCCUGUAGCACGCUCCCCAAAAGCAGCAGGAAUUUUGAAAAGCCUGUUUCAACUAGUAGUAAAAAAGAUGCGAUAAGGAAGCCAACUGCAGUUGAACUUGAAAGUCAGCAAAAGUCUUAUGGCCUGAACUUGGCUAUUCAGAACGGACCAAUCAAAAGCAGUGGGCAGGAGGGACCCUUGCUGGGUACGGAUAGCACUGGCAAUGUGAGGACUGGGUUGUGGAAACACGAAACUACUGUGUAGAGUUGGUGGGCUUCCUGGGUAAGAAAUCCAUAUAAACUGUGAUAGUCACAUUCCUUUAAGCUAUGAACGUGUAAAGCAGACUGUUUACAGCCACCUUAGGGAUUCAAAAGAAUUUUGAAUAAACUUUUAAGUUUUGGAUUUUGUGUAUUUUAUAUCCCCCAAGUGUUGCUUUUUUAUGAAUUUUGGAAAAAGCCUCUAAAACAAUUUUUCAGUUGUCAAAGCACCAGCAAGACAUUUUGGGAAUCUGAAAUGUAAUUUUCUUGAAAUCUGUAAUAUCUACUUAACGUUGCAGGCUUGUAUUUAGUACAAUAAAUAGGUGUUUGUCAUUGUGUC